UGUAAACAUGCGCAGACACUACUUCCUGUAAAAAGACGCAUGGAGGAAAGUGGCUUCUUAGAGUGAGCCGUGAGGUCACUUGUGACAGUCUUGCCAGCAUCUGACAGAUAGAGUGAAUCAAUUAGCUGAAACUGCAAGCACAUCAAGAUGGCCGUCCUUGGUAUGCAGUUUGUCUUCAGCCUGGUCAUGUUCAGCUUCCUCCAGAAACUGUCCCCCUACUAUUCCUUUGCUCGCUGGCUGAUGUGUCGCAGAUUAGUGAGAUAUCUACACCCGACAGAUGAUGAUCUUAAAACACAGGCUGGAAUUGCACCUGCAGGUAAAAGCAAGGGGAGGAGGAAUGACAAAAAGGAAAAGACCAACAACACAACAGAGACUUUCAUGGUGCCCAGAAACAUUGACAUUCACCUGGAACUUACAAAAGUGGAACCUGUGGACUUAGUUCCUUUACACUUUUACCCUGAGUUCCAAUGGCUUCUAGACUUCUCCUUCUGUGCAUGCAUAGUGUAUAUUCUGACAGAGAUCUAUUAUGCUUUGAGUGCACAUCACAUCGAAUUUAAUGCGAGCAUCCUUUGGUGCCUCCUUGCUAUAGGGUUCUGUCUUCGCACAUUACUCUCUCAGACAGCUCUUUAUUUCCGCACUGAAGAGGGAGGAGAGAGAAUAUUGUGCGUUACUUUUGGUUUCUUCUACCUAGUUUUAGGAAUGGGAGUUCUUGUAAUUGGUGAUGAUAUUUUGGAAUUUGGACUUGAGGAGGGAUAUCGUAACUUCUCAGGAAAUGCAGAACAAUUCUUGAAAGAACAAGGUGUGGAUUCUACUGGCCCAGUAUCUCUUCUCACGUUCAAGAUUAUCCUUGCCAUUACAUGUUCAAUUCUUGGAGCCUUUUUGACGUUUCCUGGACUGCGACUUGCAAAACUUCAUUCAGAUGCUAUGAAAUAUGCAAAGGAAAAUUAUGUGAGACAAACAUUACUCCAUCUUAACUAUGCAUUGCCGCUUAUCGUCGUGUUGUCAUACAUCAAGCCUAUUGCUCGCAAUGUGUUUUGUGGUCACUUAUGGACAUCGUCAGGGGCCUUGAUUCCAGAUGAUUCUUUUGACAAUAUUAGAUUACUGCUUGUUGUGGGUAUGUUUGUAGCUAGGAUAGCCUUGUUCUCCACCUUUAUGCAAUCUCACCUGAAUCUGGCACAUUUGAAGUUACAAAUAAUGAAGCGUGAGGCUGGCAAGAUCAGUAAUGUUGAUCUACAGAAGAUGGUAGCCCGUGUUUUCUACUACCUGUGUGUGGUGGCUCUGCAGUACAUCACUCCAGUCAUCUUGAUGCUUUUCAUGUCCUUCCUCCUCAAGACGCUGGGAGACUACUCCUGGACCACAGUCUUAGGAGAAAAAGUCACCUCACUUUGGUCUCAGAAGAACCAAGGAACCAGGCCGAUGACCACAUCUUCCAAAGUUAAUGAAACAGACAGUAUUUUAGACACAGCUGCUCAUUUCACUUAUACCAUUGGAAACCUGCGGACUAUUUUCACCCCAGUAUGGUACCGUGGUCUGUUGUCCUUCUUGAUGUGGUGGAUGUGUACAGCGUGGUUCACCAGCACUAGUCUCGGCAUGCUGUACUACUCACAGUCAGAAACCUAUUAACUACAAGUCUCUGAAACAGCAGACAGAAUGAGUCGUGUCGUGAUUAUUGUGUCCAUAUUUGCCAACAAACUCAUGUUGGGAUUGUUUGUAUCAACAGAUCUCUGGUACAGUAGACCUGAUCCACACUGGUUUGUUGACCACAGACAAGUUUCCAUAAGAGACCUGAGCCUGUGACUAAUAUGGAUGGUUGUACCCACUGACUUACAUGCUUACAAGUACAAGUGGUAUGUCUGAAGUGUUGACAGGCUGCCAUGAUACAUAUGCUGUCCAUGCUGCAUGUAGAACCCAUUUAGUAACUCUGGGGAUGCAUAUCAUAGUACAUACCUGUUGUCAGUAAUGAAUGGUUGAGUGAACAUGACUCCACAUCGUUUGGAACUAGGAGAAUUGUGUACAUGGUAGAGGACAUGAAGACAGCAUGGUCAGUGUAUGAGCAAUGCAAUAAGUAUUGUUUAAUACCAUCAAAUAUGUAAUAUGUACAUGAUAUACAGUAUUUUGAAUAUGGUGCCUUCUCGAAUAUUGUUGAAGUUGAUCCUUGAUGUUAACUUGGUAUUUUAAUUCAUACUUCUUCCAAAAGGUAGAUUUUCUUUUUUUCCAAACCAGAUUCAUGAGAAUAUGAUGAGAUGGAUGCACCUGACCAGUCAUGAUGAUGUAUCAGGAAAGCGACAAGGGUUUCAUUUUCAACAAAUCUACACAUAUCAUGAAAUGUUUAACUUUGAGAAACUAUCCCAAAACAUGAAAGCUAUUUUCAUUUGCGUAUUUAUUAUUUACAUGCUGUCAUCAAAGCCCUUAGCCCUAGCAAUAGACCUGCACUUUGAUGUGUAAAGCUAUGUUGUCAUGCACCUCGUUGUCACAGUUGUGGUAGUAUAUCUAUAUAACUUUGCAAAACAAUAUGUAAAGCGCACCCAAAGGUUUGCGUACGGUCUGUCUGUUCUUAUUUAAAAGUGCAUUUGUUUCCAGAUA